GCUUCGAGCUCUAUUGUUUCUUCGCUGGGGUUCUCUGCGUGCUCGCGGUCUGGUGCUAUCCGGUUGUUAUUCACUUCGCCCUCUGUGAAUAUCCUGAAUACAUCUCCGAUGUUUCCUGUUGUUGUUACCCUUUGGUCGAUGUCAACCGUUUUGACACCAUCUACUUCUGUCCUUUCUGGUACCAUUCGGUGUUCGUAGUCUUCCGGUUGUUUCUUCCUCGGAUCCCAUUUUUCGUCGAGCGAGUCUAACAUGUCCCGUGCUUUUUUGUAGCAUUCGUGUGGGUGUCUGCAGCGUGUGAUGGUCUUGGUUAUUGUGCAUGCAUUGCAUCGGCAUGUUCUGGAUGCUUUAUGUCUGGUGGUGCCUAUUUUUCGGGCUAGCUGGACUGCGUCAUUUACCGUUUUCAUCCUAUGGUUUUCUUUGAGACAUUUUAUUGUUUCUUUCUUGAAUACCCACAUCCUCCACUGGGCGUUGGACUUCGUGUGGUUCCAAAUUAUCAUUUCAUUUUGGAUUUUCCGUGAUACCGCUAUCGCUUCUAUCUUCACCCCGUGUUUCUUUCCUGCGGCGGUCAUGCGCGCUAGGUCCGUUCCUAUCUCUUUGGCAGUCACUUUGUGCGUCCAUUCUUGUAGGUACGAGUUCAGUCUGACACUUAGUUCGACGUUAGUCCCUUCGGAGGAUAUUUUAUUUGCCAAGAUCUCGUCUGCCACGAAGCACCAUAGCGGUCUGUCUGGGCCGAAGUCCAGUAGGUCUCUUCCUCCCAUCUCUGCUGGUGCGUAUAUUGUCUCUUUGUUUAUGGUUACUCUCUCCUUCCCUGCCCAGAUGAACCUGCGGACUCUUCUUUCGAGUCUUUCUUCGAUUUCUUUCGGCAUCCCUUGUACCGUUGCUAGGUAU